AUGGAGAACGUCAGACUUAGUCUUAGAUUACUCUUGGAUCUAUUCAGCUGGACAGAAUCACCGUUUUACCUCUUUAUUCGUGCGUUGCCCGUCUCAUAUCGCACAUGUUUGUACAUGACUCCGGACGAUGUGAGAUAUCUGCGUGGCUCAAAGGCUUUAGAGAUGGCGGUGCUCAAUUUUCAGUUUAUCUGUCGACAAUAUGCCUAUUUUUUUAACCGAUUGCAAAACAGUCAUCUACCAUUUGCUUCGGCGUUUUGCUUCGAAGAUUACAGAUGGGCUGUGUCCACAGUGAUGACGAGGAACAAUUCGUUACCAAAAAUCAUGUCUGAUGUCAAAGAAAGGUGUUUGGUUCCUCUGUGGGAUAUGGUUAACCACAAAUUUGGCAAGAUAACCACACAUUUUGACCCCAAAUCCGAGGAGCUCGUCUUCCAUGCUAUGGAGACCGUGACCGCUGGAGAACAGAUCUUCAUGGAUUAUGGAAAACGCACCAAUGCUGAAUUACUCCUCUUUUCCGGUUUCGUACCUGUAAAAAAUCCCCAUAAUCACAUCCCUAUCACGUUAGGUGUCAGCUCUUCCGAUCCUCUUCAUAUGAAAAGGCUCCGUUUGCUGCAACUGGUUGGUCUGGAAUGUCCAUUAGAACGGAACAUCACCGGUGAUCUGUCAAGCUUGUGGGAUCUUAUUACUUUCGCUCGGAUCUUCGUGAUGGAUGAAGCGCAGCUGGAUCAUUAUCUACUGUCCGAAGAUUCGGCUUUAUCCGCGCUGCGAAUGCGUUCCCUUGACUUCAAUUCUCUCCUGGACGCCAAAUCAGCGGACUUCUUAACCAAGCGCUUCCAGCUGCUGAUAAUGACUUAUGGCUCGGUUUUGACCGAGUCAGACCCUGGAUUCUCCCAACUGUCCGCUAUGCAGCGCAACUGCGAGCGACUGAGGGCUCAAGAGGUGAACCUGUUGCGUGCCAGCCUUCAAGCCAUACACGACACAAGGGGCCUACAUUUACUUCCUCUGCUGACAGGCUAA